AGACCGAGAAGGGGAGCCCGGGUGGGAGGGCCUUGCGCUUCAGGGCCCGUGGCUGGUUUAGCUGGUGUUGUGGUUGUUACUUCGCUGAUGGGGAGGCUCUCAGGUUGCCCGGAACAUACUUCCCAAUGGGUGAUGGUGGAAAAUUAGCGGGUAGGAAAUAUUGAGGGUCGGAGGCAUUUUUUUUCUCUUGGCUCCGCCCUCUUCCCCGUUCAGCGACCUGGGCAUCUGGCCCACCGAGGGGGAAGGGCGGCUUGGUCAGGCCGUCGGAGAGUGUUGUGCGCACGCGCGCUCCCGGUGUGUGAGUGUUCGUGCUCGCGCGCACGCGCGCGCGCUCCCGUACUUAGGAAGCUGGGGAAGAAGCGGAGUGCUGAGCGAUGAGCGGGGGAAAGCCCAGUCCCCUGCCGUGGGUACUAGACGCUCCUGACCGUGCGCUGGCCCUCCCCACCCAACCGGCAGCCUUUGCCUGAGCGGCCGUGGUCCAUGGCCUCUGUGCGUUUCCACUUCAGGACCAGGCACGAAAGUAAGCUAACCUCAGCCCUGAGGUCUUCCCUACCCGCUCACCUUGUGCUGUCCACCCCGCACCCUCCCGCAGAGGGUGUCGCGAUUCCUCCAAGAGGAGUUUUGCAUGAAGGGGAAAUGCGUGGGAAAGCAAGGAGAAGCCAAUAGCAGGGUCGUAAAAAGUUAAAACAAAAUGAAGAUUUUUUCUGAAUCUCAUAAAACAGUCUUUGUUGUGGAUCACUGCCCUUACAUGGCAGAAUCAUGCAGACAGCAUGUUGAGUUUGAUAUGCUGGUGAAGAACAGGACCCAAGGCAUCAUCCCAUUGGCCCCUAUAUCUAAAUCAUUGUGGACUUGCUCAGUAGAAUCUUCCAUGGAAUACUGUAGAAUAAUGUAUGAUAUAUUUCCUUUCAGAAAACUGGUGAAUUUCAUUGUGAGUGACUCUGGAGCACAUGUUUUAAAUUCCUGGACUCAAGAAGACCAAAAUUUGCAAGAGCUAAUGGCAGCAUUAGCUGCUGUUGGGCCCCCUAAUCCACGGGCAGAUCCAGAAUGCUGCAGUAUUCUACAUGGCCUCGUUGCAGCAGUGGAAACCCUCUGUAAAAUUACGGAAUACCAACAUGAGGCCCGUACUCUACUAAUGGAGAAUGCAGAACGUGUUGGCAACAGGGGGAGAAUAAUUUGCAUUACUAAUGCAAAAAGUGAUAGUCAUGUGCGAAUGCUUGAGGACUGUGUUCAGGAAACGAUUCAUGAGCAUAACAAGCUUGCUGCAAAUUCAGAUCAUCUCAUGCAGAUUCAGAAGUGUGAGCUGGUUUUGAUCCAUACCUACCCUGUUGGUGAAGACAGCCUUGUAUCAGAUCGUUCCAAAAAAGAGUUGUCCCCUGUUUUAACCAGUGAAGUUCAUAGUGUUCGUGCAGGACGGCAUCUUGCUACCAAAUUAAAUAUUUUAGUACAGCAACAUUUUGACUUGGCUUCAACUACUAUUACAAAUAUUCCAAUGAAGGAAGAACAACAUGCUAACACAUCUGCCAAUUAUGAUGUGGAGUUACUUCAUCACAAAGAUGCACAUGUAGAUUUCUUGAAAAGUGGUGAAUCAGUAUUUUCUUCUAUUUCAGAAUUACACUAUUGCACUGGCGCUUAUCGAAUUUCACCUGUAGAUGUAAAUAGUAGACCUUCUUCCUGCCUUACUAAUUUUCUUCUAAAUGGUCGUUCUGUUUUAUUGGAACAACCACGAAAGUCAGGUUCCAAAGUCAUCAGUCAUAUGCUUAGUAGCCAUGGAGGAGAGAUAUUUUUGCACGUCCUGAGUAGUUCUCGAUCCAUUCUAGAAGAUCCACCUUCAAUUAGUGAAGGAUGUGGAGGAAGAGUUACAGACUACCGGAUCACAGAUUUUGGUGAAUUUAUGAGGGAAAACAGAUUAACUCCUUUUCUAGACCCCAGAUAUAAAAUCGAUGGAAGUCUUGAGAUCCCUUUGGAGCGAGCAAAAGAUCAGUUAGAAAAACACACCCGUUACUGGCCUAUGAUUAUUUCUCAAACCACCAUUUUUAACAUGCAAGCGGUAGUUCCAUUAGCCAGUGUUAUUGUGAAAGAAUCUUUGACAGAAGAAGAUGUGUUAAACUGUCAAAAAACAAUAUACAACUUAGUUGAUAUGGAAAGAAAAAAUGAUCCUCUACCUAUUUCCACAGUGGGUACAAGAGGAAAAGGCCCUAAAAGAGAUGAACAAUACCGUAUCAUGUGGAAUGAAUUAGAAACCCUUGUGAGAGCCCAUAUCAAUAACUCGGAGAAACAUCAAAGGGUCUUGGAAUGUCUGAUGGCCUGUAGGAGCAAACCCCCAGAAGAAGAAGAACGAAAGAAACGAGGAAGAAAGAGGGAGGACAAAGAGGACAAGUCAGAGAAAGCAGUAAAAGAUUAUGAACUGGAGAAGACUUGGCAAGAUUUAGAGAGAUUAAAAGGCAUCUUAGAACGUGGAAAAGAAGAAUUGGCUGAAGCUGAAAUCAUAAAAGAUUCACCUGAUUCCCCAGAACCUCCAAACAAAAAGCCCCUUGUUGAGAUGGAUGAAACUCCACCAGUAGAAAAAUCAAAAGGACCAGUGUCUUUAUUGACCUUGUGGAGUAAUAGGAUCAACACUGCCAAUUCCAGAAAACACCAGGAGUUUGCUGGACGUUUGAACUCUGUUAAUAACAGAGCUGAAUUAUAUCAACAUCUUAAAGAAGAAAAUGGAAUGGAGACAACAGAAAAUGGAAAAGCCAGCCGGCAGUGAAGAGUGACUUGAGGAACUAAAUUUACUAUAUUGCAUAAAUAUUUUGGGCAGAAUUUGAUAUAAGUACUUUUACAGCAAGAUUGUAUAGUUAUGUUGCCUGGACUGGUUUUUACAUUUUUAAGAUAUUUCAACUAACUUUAUCUUUUUUGUAUUAAUUGUAAGAUUGGCACAUAUGUCAAAAAAAUACAUUUGAGAUUUGUCCUCCCAAAUCACACAAAUUUAUUUUAUGGUAAAAGGUUUUCCCUCUGGAAAUGUUUUUUAAAAAAUUCUUAGGCUUCUCUUUGCCAAAUAAAACUAUUAAAAAUGUCUGAAAUGCAAAA